AUGUUCCCUUCAGGUGAUAAGUUUUUCAACGGUAAGAACGAAAGUUUGAUUUACAGGUACAGCGGCCGAACGAGCCCCGGCGGCAGCCAGAUGGACAAGCUGGGCUCCAGGGGCAGCCCGCCGCCCGCGCUGGGCACGCUGCACGGUCGCGCCGGCCUCAGCCCGUCGGCGUCGGCGGCGCAGCUGGACCGCUACCCGGCGUCGCCGCCCGCCGCGCAGCUGGACAAGUACCCGCCGCCGCCGCCCCCGCAGCUGGAGGGCCGUUUCGGCGGCGGCCGCUCGACGCCCCAGCAGCAGCAGCAGCACGAGGGCCGGUCGACGCCGUCGACGCAGCUGGACAAGUACCCCGGGCCGGCGAGCCGGCAGGCGUCUUCGCUGUCGGAGCACCGCUACGGGCGCGACUCGCCGACCGUGGUGGCGCCGCCGCCGCCGGCGCUGCUGGAGCGCUUCGCGACGCCGCCCGCCGCCCCCGAGAACAGCCUCAUCGAGCCGUACGUGCCGCCCCCGCAGCAGCAGCACGCGGCGUCGCCCCCGCAGCCGGGCACGGCCACCGGCUCGCUCGAGCUGAGCCGCACGCCCAGCGAGGAGCCGCCGCCGUCCAGCGAGGCCAAGUCGAAGAGCGUGUCCUUCGAGGACGAGGAGCAGUCGUCGCCCGCGCCCGUCUCGCUCGUCGUGCACCCGCCGCCGCCCGCCGAGAAGCCCGAGCGCCGCGUCCUGUCGGCCCGCGAGCGCUGGCACUGGGCCUACAGCAAGAUCGUCAUGCAGCUCAAUGUGAGUACCGGCAGCACGCGACCGUCCCGGCACUCCGCCCCCGUCCAUUCUCACGCGUCUGCAUUGUCGCCUCAGUCUACAGCAGUCUUCUAA